UGGCGCGAAAAUUGCACUAAACACCACUCGAAUUUAGGGUUUGAUCAUACAAUCACAAUUCUCUCUAAUUGAAACGUUUCACAAAAAUGUUGAAUUUUUCAGAUGAAGUAGAGGAAAUCAAAUCCCUAAUUAAUUCAAAUUAUAAGGAAAACAAAUCAGUUGCCUAUUCUUCUCUCCUUCACCUACAAGAACAGUCAAAUAACCACUCUUCUUCCGUACAAGCUUUAGCUAAUAGUUCGCACACUUUGAUAGCUUCAAUUACUGCUGAUAUCUCAAUUGAUGAUGAAGAAAUUGCGGUUCAGGCUUUGAAGUGUUUAGGAUUCAUGAUUUACCAUCCUUCUAUUGUUGCUACAAUACCAGAUGGUGAUGCUAGCAUGAUGUUGGAAGCAUUGACUGAAGUCAUUGCAGCCACCAAGAUAAAGUCUGUCUGCAAUUUAGGCAUGUGGUGUAUAUCCAUGCAACAAUUUGAGGCAGCAUUUCUCUCUAAUCACUUCCAAACCUUGCUGCGGGCAGUUGUUCAUGCCCUUGACAAUCCUUUUGGUUCCUUGUCUACAACUUUUGAGGCUUUACAGGUUGUGAUGAAGUUAGCAACUCAAUUAAUUGACAAGAUGAGAGAAUUUUCAUUCAUAUGGGUUCCUCCAAUAUAUAGAAGACUUCUUAGCAUUGAUAAGAGGGAGAGGGAGAUGUCAGCAAGGUGUCUAUCGAAGAUUAAACAGGCAAUAUUUCCUCCCACUGUGGCUCUGUCCAAGGUAAUUGCCAAAGAUAUUAAAUGGAAAUUGCUCAGUGAGAUGAAAGGUCUUUUGAAUCAGAGUAUGAAAGUUCAGUCAUUACAAGCAUGGGGGUGGUAUAUACGAUUACUGGGAUCUCAAGCUCUUAAGAAUAGGCAUUUAAUUAAUGACAUGCUCAAAAUUCCUGAACAAACAUUUUCCGACAACAGCUCGCAAGUCCAAAUUGCUUCACAGGUUGCAUGGGAAGGACUUAUUGAUGCUCUUAUUCCAUCUUCAGUGACUAGUGGUGAAGUUGAUAAUGAAAUUCAACAAUUGCAAGCAUCUAGUGAGAAGGGCUGUCAAGUCCGGUCAAGCGUAUUUAUGAAAAGCAUAAAGCUUAUAAUGACACCUUUAAUAGGCAUCAUCUCAAGCAAAUGUGAUACGUCUGUUCACUUAUCCUGCUUGAACACGUGGUGUUAUUUGCUGCAUAAACUUAGUAUCUUCAUCAAGCACCCAUCAGUGGUUGAAUUGGUCUUGACUCCUAUCUUUAAAUCAGUCUUUGGAAUGGAUCCUGAUACUAAGAAUUCUUUGCUAUGGAAUCUGUGCUUAGAUCUGGUUGAUGAUUUUAUAUUAGCAAGAUGUGCGAAACAAGACUAUGAAUCAAGUAGCCAGGUAAUUCGUCAUUCACCAGCCACAACCUCUGUGCUAGGACCUUCUUUAUCUAGCAUAUGUUUAGUGAAGCAACAUCCUAUUAAAUGGUUUCCUUGGAGUAUUGCUCAGUUGGACUUAUUUAUAUCAAUAAUUAAUAUUAUCCUCAGCCACGCUUCAAUUGCAACAACCACCCCUCAAAAUAGAAGUUCAGCCUGUGAUGCUGCCUUAAGGCUAUUUAGAUCUCUUUUGAAAGGGGUCCACAUAGAGUUAAAGAGUCUGUCCAUAAGUUAUGCAGAUAUUAUGCUGUAUUUGAACACAAUACUGAGCUUCAUAAAGGAUACAUGUCAUACUCUAAAUUCAGGAGGCAGCAGUGAUAAUAAAUUGCAGCAUUCCUUCCAGUUUCUAGAGGUCGUCAUUGAUGAGAUAGGGCCUGCCAUAUUAGGAUCUCCUCUGUAUAAGGUGCCGUUGGAUCUGGAAUGCAUCAAGAAUCUGCAAUUUGUUAAUGAUGUUAGAUAUGAAGGCUUCUUAGAUAUCAGCUCUCUUGCAUAUAUGGAUAUGGUUUCGCCAUUACAUUAUCUUAUUAUUCUCUCAAUCUGUGCUGGGAUACAGUCAACUUCCCAUAGACCCAGAGUGGAGCUAAGUUUUACAGUAUUGCAGAAAUUUUUCAAACUGAUACUAUUUUCAUACGAUUCCUUGGAAAAUCUACAAGUUGCAAUUGGUUUUUUGUUUAAGUAUACAAGCAAUAACAACUUAAAAAUAUGGAUAGCCAUAGCUGAAGCUCUGCGAGACUGCAUUGCUUCUGUAAAGGAUCGUUCUCUGUUGAGAAUGGAGCCCCACAGCAAUGCUUGUCCUGCCCUAUACCAUCUUUUAUCCUACCCAUUUGUUGUGCGGUCUUGCGUCCAGCAAAUACAAAAUCUUAAGGAAGUUAGUUGCUCCUCUGAAGAAUCUCAUAUUUUAGCUCAGGGAUGCAUUGAGCUUGAACAUGUAAUCAAAGCAUGGAAUUCAGUUUAUGGUGCUUUUUCUGCCUCACAGUGUUCUGCAAUGAAAGGGAUUUCUGACAAUCUGUGCCUAAUGUUAAAUUGGUGCAUUGAUGAAAGUCUACGAAUGAAUGACCUUGGCAGUGAAGUAGAUUUAAGUCUUAAGGAUCAGUAUCUUGAUCUCCUCUCUUUAUCUGGCAAUGCUGUCACAUGUAUGAUUGAAGAGAUUUUGGCAGCUCGUUCUGAUGGAAACCAUAAUAAUCACGCCGAACCUCCAAUAUAUAGCGACAUAAAAAAUAUCUUGGAAUUUGCUUCCAGAUUCUUGAAGUUGUCUUCGGUAAGAAUUCAAGUAAAUCCGUUCAGCGGUCUUCCUGUAAUUUCAAGGUUGUUUUCUUCGUUGACGCGUUUAACAAGUCGCCUUCGUCUGAAGCAUACGAUCCUUUCAACUAUAGAGACAAUAACUCUUCCUCUAAUUCAGUGGUUAUCGCAUGAGCGGAUACAUGAUGGAAGAACCAAUGAUCAAGUCCAAAAUCUUUGGGCUGAAGUCCUUGUUUGUUUACGGAGAAGUCAGCCACCAAUAGUCUUUGAUUCAUCAUUCCUUAAACUUCAGGCACCCCUCUUAGCAAAAACUGUUGAUCACCCAAAUUCCGCCAUUUCGGAGCUUACUGUGACCUUUUGGAAUUCAACAUAUGGUGAACAGAUUAAGCUAGACUACCCUGAGAAUUUACUUGACAUCUUAAACAAGCUUUCCAGAAAUAAAAGAAUCAUCCUCCAUAAGAAAACCUGUCCGAUGCCAUUUCUCAUGAAAUGUAAUUCUACUACGGAGUUGACUGUUCAAAACCACAGGGUGACUGCAACACACACUGGUUGCUCGAAAAGGGUAGAAUUAUUGCAGGAUGUAGUAAAUCAAUCUCCGCUGACAGAUAAGUUUAGUUCAGGUCCGAAAAGAAAGAGGUUAGAACUUACAGAGCAUCAGAGAGAAGUAAGGCGCGCACAGCAAGGAAGGGCAAUGGAUUGCAGCGGACAUGGUCCGGGUAUCCGGACAUAUACAACUGCUGAUUUUUCACAAGGAAAUGAAGAUUCCCAGGAUAUGGAGGAGAUUCAAAAUCCAGAAUCUAUCCUCCAGAUGUUAAGAGGUUUGUGAUUGUUUAUAUGUUUACUAAGGCUGUGUAAAUAGCAAUCCUAAGUUGGGGAGUGAAAAACCAAACCAAAUCAAAUCGAAUUAACUAAUUUGGUUAUCGUUACAAUUAUGUUUUGGAAAUUUUGUUCAUAAUAUAAACGAUCAGAUAAUACAAUUCAUUAUGCUAUGUUCUGCA